UAUUUAUUGUGUCGUCUGAGUUCCAAACAUUAUUACUAUACUGCCCGAGAAGACAAUGCAAAUGAUGAUGCAGACGCAGCGGCACCCCGCCGCCACUCCUCCUCCGCCGCCUUCCUCUUCCCCUCUCUUUCUCCAUCUCCAUUUUCCCACUACCUCAAUCUUCGGUUCAGACCCAACAAUCACUAUCCUCUAUGCUCUGCCCACAAAGUAUGGCUUGCCCAACUAUCUGAAGAACUCACCACCGCCGCCGCGCCGCCCCAAGAGGGACCCAUUGAGCUCCUUCCCUCACUUAACUCGAUUCUCGCCGCCUCCGAUGACUCGGCUCUCCAAACCGCCGCCAGCGUUCUACUCACCGGUGCCUUCGCUCUCUUUCUUUUCCGCUCCCUCCGCCGCCGCGCCAAGCGUGCCAAACAAACAAGAUUUAGGUCGGCCGGAGCAACAAAGUCGUUGCAGGAGGAGGCGAUAGAGAGUUUGAAAGCAGUAUCUAAGUCACCGGUUAAAUCCAAGACUCCUUCACCUGAUCAGGCACUUCUUGGAGCGUUAAUAGCUGCUGCGUUCGGAGUACUUCUUUACAAGUUCACGACGAGUAUUGAAUAUACUCUUAAUCACCAAAAGCUCUCGGAUAACUACUCGGUGCGCCAGAUAACCAUAACCAUAAGGACUAUCAUAAACGGGCUGUGCUACCUUGCGACGUUUGUGUUUGGCUUCAACUCUCUAGGUUUGUUUCUUUACUCAGGCCAGCUUGCCAUGAACUCCUUUGCCGAAGCUCCUGGUAGCCACGGUGGAGCACAAUUCAACUCGUCAAAUUCAAAAUCACGUGAUGUGGAUAGUUCCGGGAAAAGCAGUGCCAGUGAGGAUCAAGUUCCGGUAAAACACAAUGAAGAGCAAAAGUGAACACAAGGAGCAGGUGCCAUCCUCUUGAAUGUAGUGUACAACUUAAAAUUUUGAUUUUUCAUACAAAUACUGUAUCCGACACGAAAAAUUUGAUACUCUUCUGUAUGCAAUCUGUAUAUUGCAACACUAUGUAAGUUCUUGUAUAUAGCAGCAUAUCGUGAUCUCUUCCCGAGAGCAAUUGUUACCACAGA